AUGGCAACAACUUCACCCCAAGCACAUAAUGGUCAGAUCUGCAGUACAUGGGGAAACUUCCACUUUAAGACGUUUGAUGGAGAUUACUUCCAGCAUCCAUCCACCUGUAACUACGUGCUUACACGGCUCUGUGAUUCCAGCCAUGAAGAAUUUGUAGUCCACAUGCAGAGGAGCUAUGUGGAUGGUGUCCCUAAGAUCGACACCGUCACCAUGAGCUUGAUGGGAACCAUCAUCAUACUCCACAAUGGCUCCAUUACAGUGGACAACACUAAAGUGACUCUGCCUUACAGCCAAAACGGAAUUCGAAUUGUGGACAGUUUUUCUUACAUCAAGAUAUCAGACAAACAGGGAUCAGGGCCGGUGAUCUUCUGGAAUCAGGAUGACGCUCUCUUGAUUGAGCUUCCCACAAAGUUCAAAAACCAGACGUGCGGUUUGUGUGGCGACUUCAACGGCAUCUCAGUUUACAAUGAGUUCAUUGAAAAUGGGGAGAGACUUAAACCUGCCGAGUACGCCUACAAGCAUAAGCUGUCUGAGAACUGUGAGAGCUUGGAGCUGGAGACUCACACAGAAUGUCAAAAUCAGACUCGGGAGUGUGAGGCGCUGUUUGCGAGGUCAGCGUUCAGUAAUUGUGAGGAUCUGGUGCCUGUGGAGCUGUUUGUUGAGGCGUGUCUGAGAGACAAGUGUCAGUGCAACGGGAGCCAGGAGGCAUGUCUGUGUAACACGGUGACUGAGUUCUCCCGCCAGUGUGUGCAUGCAUAUGGCACCCCACAGACAUGGAGGUCGGAGUCUUUCUGCAAGAAGCAAUGCCCAAUGAACAAGGAGUAUGCUGAGUGUGGGAUGCCGUGUGAGGAUACGUGUUCCAACCCAGACCCAAAAGUGUGUGAAGAGCAUUGCACUGAUGGCUGUUUCUGUCCCCAUGGUACUGUGUUUGACGACAUCAAACAGACUGGAUGUAUUCCAGUGGACGAGUGUCCAUGUGUCCACAAUAACAAAACCUAUCAGGCCGGAGAGUCUUUUACAGCUAACUGCCAAAAAUGUGUGUGUCAAGGAGCACGCUGGAGCUGCACAGCUUUGGUUUGCCCUGGAAUCUGCUCUGUUGUGGGCGGAGCUCAUUUCACCACUUUUGAUGGCAAAGAAUACACCUUCCAUGGAGACUGCACCUAUGUCUUUGCUCAGGAUGCAGACACUGGUGCAAGAGUAGAGGGAGAGAUUGGGAAAUGUGGACAAACUGCCACCAAAACAUGUCUUAAAACUGUGAAAAUGACUGUGAACCAAAACACGAUUAAGGUCUCUGACACCGGGAUUGUGGAGGUUAAUGGCUCACCCAUAAAAAUUCCGUUUCUUCGAGAUUACGUCACCAUCUUCAAACCCUCCACGUUCUUCAUAGUAGUCAACACCCCGAGUCUCCGUCUGGAGGUCCAGCUGGAUCCGAUCAUGCAGGUGUACAUAGUGGCCAGUCACAAGAGCAAAGGCCAGCUGAGCGGUCUGUGUGGCAACUUUAACGAUGCUGAAGUGGACGACUUUAAAACAGAGUCGGGCAUAACCGAGGGCACGGCUGUGACUUUUGCCAACGCGUGGAAAACCUUAGACACCUGUUCUAAUGUGGUACAAACACAGCUGGAUCCCUGCAGUUUGAACAUUGAGAACGGGGCAUAUGCCAAGGAAUCUUGUUCAGUGCUAACAAAGAAAAAUGGGCCUUUUUCACCAUGUCACACUGCAGUCAGCCCAGCAGAAUAUGAAAAGAGAUGUGUGUAUGACACCUGUAACUGUGAGAACCGUGACAAGUGCCUGUGUGCAGCUCUGUCCAGUUACGUCCAGGCCUGCGCUGCUAAAGGUGUGCUGCUUGAGAACUGGAGAAACUCCAUCUGUGAUGCAUCUAGCAAGUGUCCCAAUAACAUGGUGUAUUCCUACAACAUGAUCAGCUGUAACCGGACAUGUCAGUCUCUAAGUAUGAAAGACUACACCUGCCAGGUGCAGCACCUGCCUGUGGAUGGCUGUGGCUGUGAACCAGGAACUUAUCUCAACCAUGAGGAUAAAUGUGUGACUGCCCCAGAGUGUCCCUGUUACUAUGACUACAACAACAACUACGUGCAGGCAAACAAUCAUCUCUCAAGACCCGAUGGAGCCAAAUGUCCUCCCAUGGUUUAUAUCAACUGCUCAAACUCAGGACCUGGAGGCAAAGGCAUAGAGUGCCAGAGGAGCUGCCAGACCAUGAACAUAACUGACUGUGACAAUUUGGAGUGUGUCUCUGGGUGUGCGUGUCCAGAUGGCCUGCUCUCUAAUGGGAAAGGAGGGUGUGUGGAAGAGGAGUUCUGUCCCUGCGUCCAUAACGGAAACUUAUACAACCAUGGACACGUUGCGACAGUGGACUGCAACACCUGUACUUGCAGAAACAGGAAAUGGGAAUGCACAGCUUAUGAGUGUCCAGAAACAUGUACCAUUUACGGUGAUGGCCAUUAUAUCACUUUUGAUGGACAGAGAUACUUUUUCAAUGGAGACUGUGAAUACACCCUCUCACAGGAUUUCUGCAAUGGAAGCAUGGACGGCUCUUUCCGCAUCAUCACGGAGAACAUUCCCUGCGGAACGACUGGUACUACCUGUUCCAAGGCCAUUAAGCUGUUCCUUGGGGGAGAAGAGAUCGUUUUAUCAGAUGAAGACAUCAAAGUAUUCAAGCGUGAAAACAGUGAAAAGAUUCCCUACAAGGUCCAUGUUCUUGGCAUAUAUCUGGUGAUUGAGUCAGAAAACGGGCUGAUUCUCAUGUGGGACAAGAAGACAAGCCUGAGGGUCAAACUUGCAUCCACAUUCAAGAACAAAUUGUGUGGACUGUGUGGCAACUAUGAUGGGAAUGCAAGAAAUGACUUUGUCACACGAAGUGGGGAGUGUGUGGUGGACACACUGGAUUUUGGGAACAGUUGGAGCACCUCCGCCAGUUGCCCCAAAGCCAUCAGCCUGGGCGACCCCUGCAGCUCUAGACCUCACAGGCAUUCCUGGGCCACCAGACAGUGCAGCAUCCUCAAGAGCUCAGUGUUCAGCACCUGCCACAAAUUGGUGGACCAUGGACCAUAUUACGAUGCCUGUGUUAGAGACACAUGUGCGUGUGACACGGGUGGAGACUGUGAAUGUUUCUGCUCUGCUGUAGCUGCCUACGCUGCAGCCUGCAGUGAUAAGGGAGUCUGUAUUUCUUGGAGAACCCCUAAGAUCUGCCCUCUGUUCUGUGACUACUAUAAUCCACCCGGUGAAUGCGAAUGGCACUACAAAGCCUGUGGACCUAAAUGCUUAAAAACCUGUGCAAACCCCACCGGACAAUGCAACAGUCUGAUCCCACAUGUGGAAGGAUGCUUUCCGGUGUGCCCUCCUGAAAAGCCUUAUCUAGAUGAGAGGAAUUUAACGUGUACCACCACUACAACCACAGAAUCUCCUACCACAACUACUACGGAGACUCCAACCACAACAACAACCAUCACCACUACGACAACAACAACAGAAACCCCAACCCCAACCACAGAAUCUCCUACCACAACCACUACAUCAACAACAUCCACUUGUACAUGGUCAGAGUGGGUUAGCAACACCUAUCCUAAUGCCACUAAUGGAGGAGAUUUUGAGCGUAUUACAGAUCUAGUGGAGUCUGGGCAAAUUCCUUGCGGGAACCCUGUAAACAUUCAAUGCAGGAGGAAAGACAAUAAGGAACCAUACAACGAGACGGGUCAAAAUGUUGAGUGCGAUGUGUCCGUUGGUCUGGUUUGUAACAAUCAAGAUCAAACGAUUGUACCACAGUGUUUCAAUUAUGAAAUACAGGUUCUAUGCUGUGAGAAUACGUGCAUCACCACCACUACAACCACAGAAUCUCCUACCACAACUACUACGGAGACACCAACCACAACAACAACCAUCACCACUACGACAACAACAACAGAAACCCCAACCCCAACCACAGAAUCUCCUACCUCAACCACUACAUCAACAACAUCAACUGUAAGCCCAACAACAACAGAGACGCCAGCGCCAACCACAACAACAGGAAGCACAACCCCAAUCACAACAACCACCAGCACUACAACAACAACAACGACCACUACUACAUCAACAACAUCAACUGUAAGCCCAACAACAACAGAGACACCAACCACAACAACUACCACCACCACUACGAAAACAACAGAAACUCCAACAACACCACCACCAACCACAACAACAACAGGAAGCACAACCCCAAUAACAACCACAACCACCACCACCACUACGACCACUACGACAACAGAAACUCCAACCACACCUACAACAUCAACUGUAAGCCCAACAACAACAGAGACACCAACCACAACAACUACCACCACCACUACAACAACAACAGAAACUCCAACCACAACCACUACACCUACAACAUCGACUGUAAGCCCAACAACAACAGAGACACCAAUCACAACAACAACCAUCACCACUACGACAACAACAACAGAAACCCCAACCACAACCACAGAAUCUCCUACCACAACCACUACAUCAGCAACAUCCACUGUAAGCCCAACCACAACAUCUCCUACCACAACUACUACAUCAACAACAUCCACUGUAAGCCCAACCACAACAUCUCCUACCACAACCACAACAACCACUACCACUACUACAACUACUGAAACCCCAACACCAACAACACCAACAACAACAGGAAGCACAACAACCAUAUCUCCGAAUCCAUGCACGUACAAGUGUAUAUGGUCAGAGUGGGUUAGCAACACCUAUCCUAAUGCCACUAAUGGAGGAGAUUUUGAGCGUAUUACAGAUCUAGUGGAGUCUGGGCAAAUUCCUUGCGGGAACCCUGUAAACAUUCAAUGCAGGAGGAAAGACAAUAAGGAACCAUACAACGAGACAGGUCAAAAUGUUGAGUGCGAUGUGUCCGUUGGUCUGGUUUGUAAGAAUCAAGAUCAAACGAUUGUACCACAGUGUUUCAAUUAUGAAAUACAGGUUCUAUGCUGUGAGAAUACGUGCAUCACCACCACUACAACCACAGAAUCUCCUACCACAACUACUACGGAGACACCAACCACAACAACAACCAUCACCACUACGACAACAACAACAGAAACCCCAACCCCAACCACAACAUCUCCUACCACAACCACUUGCGAUGUGUCCGUUGGUCUGGUUUGUAAGAAUCAAGAUCAAACGAUUGUACCACAGUGUUUCAAUUAUGAAAUACAGGUUCUAUGCUGUGAGAAUACGUGCAUCACCACCACUACAACCACAGAAUCUCCUACCACAACUACUACGGAGACACCAACCACAACAACAACCAUCACCACUACGACAACAACAACAGGAACCCCAACCCCAACCACAGAAUCUCCUACCUCAACCACUACAUCAACAACAUCAACUGUAAGCCCAACAACAACAGAGACACCACCACCAACCACAACAACAGGAAGCACAACCCCAAUCACAACAACCACCAGCACUACAACAACAACAACGACCACUACUACAUCAACAACAUCAACUGUAAGCCCAACAACAACAGAGACACCAACCACAACAACUACCACCACCACUACGACAACAACAGAAACUCCCACAACACCACCACCAACCACAACAACAACAGGAAGCACAACCCCAAUCACAACCACAACCACCACCACCACUACGACCACUACGACAACAGAAACUCCAACCACACCAACAACAUCAACUGUAAGCCCAACAACAACAGAGACACCAACCACAACAACUACCACCACCACUACGACAACAACAGAAACUCCAACCACAACCACUACAUCAACAACAUCAACUGUAAGCCCAACAACAACAGAGACACCAACCACAAUAACUACAACCACCACCACAACUACAGAAACACCAACAACAACAGAGACACCAACCACAACAACAACAACCACCACCACUACAUCUACAGAAACCCCAACUACACCAACAACAACAACAUCAACAGGAAGCACAACCCCAAUAACAACAACCACCAGCACUACAACAACAACAACAACAACAACAACCAGUACUACAUCAACAACAUCAACUGUAAGCCCAACAACAACAGAGACACCAACCACAACAACAACCACCAACACCACUAUGACAACAACAGAAACUUCAACCACAACCACUACAUCAACAACAUCCACUGUAAGCCCAACAACAACAGAGACACCAACCACAACAACCACUACCACCACUACAACUACCGAAACCCCAACUACUCCACCAACAACAACAACAACAACCACAACCACUACCACCACCACUACAUCUACAGAAACCCCAACUACACCAACCACAACAACAACAACAGGAAGCACAACCCCAAUCACAACCACCACCACCACUACAACCACUACCACAACAACAGAAACUCCAACCACACCUACAACAUCAACUGUAAGUCCAACAACAACAGAGACACCAACCACAACAACAACCACCACCACUACAACGACAACAGAAACUCCAACUACAACCACUACAUCAACAACAUCCACUGUAAGCCCAACAACAACAGAGACACCAACCACAACAACCACUACCACUACUACAGCUACCGAAACCCCAACUACACCACCACCAACAACAACAACCAUCACCACUACGACAACAACAGAGACUCCGACUACAACCACGGAAUCUCCUACCACAACUACUCCCUGUCAACCCCAUCCGACCCACAAGGUAACAUUAUCACUUCAAACAAAUUUCACCAACAAUCAGAUUUGUAAAUGAACUUCAUUCAUUUAUGCAACAAUUUCAUCAUUCCGGUUGUCAGAGAAGCCCAUUUGUACAAACAGAUUUCCACCAGUGGAAGUAUACGAUGAAAAAAAUUGCUGUUAUAAGUAUGAGUGUCAAUGCAAGUGCUAUGGAUAUGGAGACCCACAUUAUGCGACAUUUGAUGGACUCUAUUAUACUUUCCUGAGAGACUGUACCUACGUGUUGGUUCAAGAAAUCAUUCCAAAGUACAACUUCAGUGUUCACAUCAGGAACUACUAUUGUGCUGAUCAAGUUUCUUGUCCACAGUUUUUGACUGUAUAUUAUAAGUCUCACGUAGUCAAACUAUCUUAUGAAGAGAAGAAAAAUAGGGUAUACAUAAAUGGUGUGUUGAUGACCCCUACCAUCUCAAAUGAUGACUUCACCAUCACAACUUCCAGCAUUUGGACUUUCAUGAACAUCCCAGAAAUCGGAGCUGAGGUGGCAUUCAGAAAGAUGCAGUUUUCUGUGGUCUUGCCGUACUCUCUAUUCCAUGGGAAUACAGAGGGACACUGUGGUGUCUGUGACAACAGUACAGAAAAGGAGUGCAGACUUCGCAGUGGAGAAAUCCGUCCUUGUCCCAAUGCAGCAAAGAACUGGACAGUUUAUGACCCAGAAUGUCUGACACCUACCUCAACAGUUGACCAGACCUGGUCGCCCCCAGACGAUAACUGCACAAAAUACAACUGCACUAAAGAUGACGAUACCUUUAUUGUGACUGAGAUCAUUCCCUCCUGUCCAGAUAUUGACCUUGAAAACUGCCAAAAUGGGAUAGUGACAACGGAUAAAGAUGGGUGUUGUAAAGCAUGCAAAGUUUCAACUUGUGCUGCUGACAAGACAACAAGCUACCUACGGGUCAAUGACUGCAACUCCACAAGAGAAGUGGAGAUAGCCUCAUGCACAGGAUACUGUGACACCUACUCCAUGUACUCCAUGGAGGCUAAUAGAGUGAUGCAUAAAUGCUCCUGCUGUCGUGAGCUCAGGACCAGUAAGAAGCAGGUGGAGAUGACGUGCGCUAACGGGACAACGAUUAAUCACAGCUACGACUACAUAGAAGAGUGUGACUGUCAUGUCACAGAGUGCGAAGACUUCAAACAUGUUGGCUAA